AUGUUGCGAGUUGACCGCUUUGCCUCCUCCUCUUCUGUUUCCUCUUCUGCUGUUCCUUCCUCGGCCUCCCAAACUUCUCCUGGUUUCGUCGAAUGUCCUCCCACGCUGCCCCCCAAUAGCAUCAUCUCCCUUGACGACGACUCUAGUACAUGUAGUAGCAACGACGGCAACUGCCUCGGCGAAGUGCCAACUCUUCCAACAGCCACAACAGCCCGAGCCAUUCUUCAGCAGCAAGAUGGCGACGAUUCGUCCAUAGUGGACCCCACCACCACUGGGCACUCGCUUCCAUUCUUUUCCAUUUCACGACUGAUGACCAUGACAGGACUAUCGCCACCACCAACACCAUCAACCAGCAGCAGUCCCGUCAGUGAGGAACCAGGCGCAUUGAAAAUGGUCGACCCCAGUGAAAAUGGGGACGUCCGUUCGUCCCUGGACAAUGGCUACCAGGGAGAUAUCGAAGAGGUUACUCUCGAUGAUGGAGACAACGCUGUUCUGGCAGUGCCAGCAGCCCCCGCCACACCUCCCGCUACACCCACCACAUUGCCCCCCUUGACAUUGGAAGAAAAAUUAUUCCGGUUCUUUCAUACAUACCCCCUUCCAUUGGAUCUCAACAGCACUAGUAGUCUACCCAACCCACAUCAUACGGUUGUCACCAUGAACGGCAGUCUUGCCAAGGAACAACACAACAACCUACUACAUGCAUCUGCUGCUACCAUGGAUACAGAUAUCGAAUGUGCCUCCAUGAGCACCAUUACGACUACCACGACGCUUCGACAAGAAGACCAUCAUCCUGUGCGUCUCGUACCCCGACGAGCCAGCGUAUGCUCCAGUGUCGUACUGGACCAAGCUGCCAUUUUAGGUCCCUCCAUUGCCAAGUCUCGCAGGGAGGAAAACUGCACGUCGUACCUCUUUUCCGUCUUUGUGGGAUUGGCCGUCUUGGGCAUUUUGAUCAUCUACUGGAUUGCCUUGUAA